CAUCGCCAUCACCAUCAUGUCAUCUCCUUCCUCCCUCCUCUCUCGUCUCUCUCACCUCUCCUCCUCCGUUUCCUCAUCACCUCGAUCACUCCACACAACACUCACACACGUCAUAUAUAUCCAACACACAUUCAGGUCCAUUUCCUCCUCAUCCUGCGCACCUACACACUUGCAGAUCCAUCGACUUCAUGCACACCCCUAGCUAGCACUAGCUAGCCGCAGCUACGUGCAUCGACCUCCGCACGUGCGAGCCGCGCGCGCGCGCACGUACGAGAUCAAGCCAAGAGGACGUACCAGCUGGGGUACGUACGUACCUAGCUAUAGAAAGGCAAUGAGGAAGCCGGAGUGCCCAGCAGCGAGCGGCGGCAUUAAUGCGGCGGCGGCGGCGGCGAAGCUGCGGAAGGGGCUGUGGUCGCCGGAGGAGGACGACAAGCUGGUGGCGUACAUGCUGCGGAGUGGGCAGGGGUCGUGGAGCGACGUGGCGCGGAACGCCGGGCUGCUGCGGUGCGGCAAGAGCUGCCGCCUCCGGUGGAUCAACUACCUCCGGCCGGACCUCAAGCGCGGCGCCUUCUCGCCGCAGGAGGAGCAGCUCAUCGUCAGCCUCCACGCCAUCCUCGGAAACAGGUGGUCUCAGAUCGCUGCCCGGCUGCCGGGGCGCACCGACAAUGAGAUCAAGAACUUCUGGAACUCAACCAUCAAGAAGCGGCUCAAGAACAGCUCGGCGGCCUCGUCCACAGCGGCCACUGAGUGCGCGUCGCCGGAGCCUAAUAAAAAGCUCGCCGCCGUCGAUGUCUGCGGCGCCGCCAGCUGCCCGGACCUCGCCGGCCUGGAUCAGGACGGCCCCCACGCAAUGACGACAGGAUUGUGGAUGUUGGACUCGUCCUUCUCCUCUUCCUCAUCGUCCUCGUCAAUGCAGAGCAGGACGUCGUCGACAAUGGCGGCAGCGGCGGCUGCAGCCAGGAGCUACGGCGGCCUCCUCCUCCCCCUCCCCGACCAGCUCCUUGGCAAGGCUGCCGACACGCCACCGGCGUUCUUCCACCGCCACGCGGCGCCGUUCAAGCAUCAAGUUGCCGCAUUGCAUGGUGGUUACUAUGGCAGCAGUGCCACUCAUCACCAUGGGAUGGCAAUGGAAGGAGGAUGUUUCAUGAGAGGAUCAGAAGGAGGAGAAGGCCUCUUUGGUCAUGUGUCCCCUCUGCUCGAGCCCGCCAUGGCAGCACAAGACCAAGACCACCAAACCCUAAUGGCAUCAAGUGUUAGUAACAACAACCCUAAAAACAACAGCAACAACACUGAGACUACCACUACUACCACAACACUGAGUAACAAUGAGAGCAACAUCACAGACAACAACAACAAGGACAACAUCAACACCACCAGCCUAGUGAACAGCAGCAAUGUCGCUUUGUAUUGGGAAGGGGCCCACCAGCAGCAGCAGCAGUACAUGAGCAGGAAUGUGAUGAACGGGGAGUGGGACUUGGAGGAACUGAUGAAAGAUGUGUCAUCCUUGCCUUUCCUUGAUUUCCAAGUUGAAUGA